AUGCCGCCCACGAAAAAAUUCGUCCCCCGACAGCGCAAGCGCAAGGUCCUGGACAGGCAGAGGGCGGAGGAGCGAGCUACCCACGAUGUCGGUGCCGACACGAACACCCUCGAGAUAACGCCGGCGCAACAGGCCGAGGCGGAGCAGAAGAGGGCCCAGCUUCGUGAGCAGCUGAGACCCCAGGGUGUCAAGGUUAGCAGCAAAAAGGCCAAGCGGCUCGAGAAGUACAUUGAGAACAAGCUCAAGAAGGACGAAAGGCGCGAGCUGCUGGCUAGACUCGCCGCCAACAAGAUCGACACCAGCCUAUUCUCCAGCAGCAAAGCACUCGGCCAGACCAAGGAGUCCAAGAGGGAGGCUCUGAGACGCACCCUGAGGGAACAGAAGGCUGGUCUUGCCCUGAGCAAGUCGGAUGCGAGUCUCCUGUACCAACGCCGGAAGGUUGAGGAGGGAGAGUUCCCGAGAGAAGAGGUGUCGAGCGAGGCGGAGGAAGACGGCGAGGAGGACGCGGCCGCCAACCAGGAAAAUACUGCUCCGGUAGAACCGCAGCAGCCACCAGCACCGGCCCGGCCUGCCCCUUUGGCCGUCGGCUCCGGCCUCAAGCGGCCACUUGAGCUUGACGACUCGGGUCGCCCCGUGCUUGCUAAACGACAGAAGCGGGGAGGCGUAAAAACCAAGUACUCAAUAGCAGCGCCCGCGGUCUACGAGGAGUCGGGCUCAGAUAGUUGGGAGGGAUUCAGCUCUGAAAACGACGACUCGGAGGCAGAGGCGUCGGCCAAGGAUUCCGAGGGCGGUGAAUCUAGCGGCGACGACAGUGAAGGCACCUCAGAUGAGCAUGCCAGCGGGAGCGGCUCGGACGACGACCUGGAGAGCUCAGAUGGAGACCUCGGUUCCGAGGACGAUGAUGAAGCUUCCAAACAAGAACGGAAGCAAAGAUCGUCCGCAUUCAAGGCUUGGGCACAUCAACAACGGAACGAAGCGCUAGGGUACCAGCCCAUCGACUCGGGUCCCAUGGUCCUGGACAUACCCAAGCCCGCAAACUUCACGCCUCGGCCGGUCGAAGAAGAUCCGCUGCCGAUAGAGCUACAGCCCACGACAAACAUCACCAGAAAAGCAUAUGUCGUGGGGGUAACGAGAGACCCCGAGAUCCAGGAGGCCCGUUACAAGCUGCCCGUUGUUGCCGAAGAGCAGAAGAUCAUGGAAGCCAUCCACAACAACGAUGUCGUCGUCAUCUGCGGUGCGACCGGUUCUGGAAAAACCACUCAGGUGCCGCAAUUCCUCUUCGAAGCCGGCUACGGCGCCCCGGACGGGCCGACUCCUGGCAUGAUUGGCGUGACGCAGCCGAGGCGAGUGGCGGCUGUCAGCAUGUCGAAACGAGUGGCUCAGGAGCUGGGCGAUUACUCCCACGUCGUGGCCUACCAGAUUCGGUUCGAGGGCACCGUAGACCCCAGGACUGCUAUCAAGUUCAUGACAGACGGUGUUCUUCUUCGCGAGGUCGCGCAGGAUUUUGCGCUCCGAAAAUACUCGGCGAUCAUCAUCGACGAAGCUCACGAAAGGAGCGUGAACACCGAUAUCCUGAUUGCCAUUCUUAGCAGAGUGGUCAAGCUCAGAGCGGAGCUCGUGAAGGAAGAUCCAUCCGUGAAGCCUCUGAAGCUCGUCAUCAUGUCCGCAACGCUGCGAGUCGAAGAGUUCACCCAGAAUACCAGACUCUUCAAGACUCCCCCGCGCGUCAUCGAAGUUGAGGGCCGCCAACACGAAGUCACGAUCCACUUUGCUCGAAAAACACGAUACGACUAUGUCGAGGAUGCCUUUCGGAAGAUCAGCAGGGGCCAUCGUAAGCUGCCCCCUGGUGGGAUGCUUGUGUUUCUCACCGGACAAAGCGAGAUCUCUCAACUCAGCAAACGGCUGAAGGCCGCCUUCGGGGGGAUGACCUCCGCGACCGGGCCACAAGUCCGCAUUUCCGGCAACGAGGCCCCCAUUGAGGUGGAGGAUAUCGAUUUCGGGGAAGUUGACGACCGGAAUGCUCACGAUGAGUACGACGAGACCGAAUUCGCUUUCGACGACGAAGAAGAAGAAGAAAAGGCGUUUGAGAUUGAGGACGAGGAGAGUGGGACCGGGCCGCGGAAGAUGCAUAUUCUGCCGCUGUACUCCCUGCUGCCGACCAAGGAGCAGAUGAAAGUCUUCGAGCCGCCCCCAGAAGGUUCGCGACUGGUCAUCUUGGCCACGAACGUUGCCGAAACCAGUUUGACCAUCCCCGGCAUUCGAUACGUGUUCGACUGCGGAAGGUCAAAGGAGCGCAAGUAUGAUCCCGUCAGCGGUGUGCAGAGCUUCCAGAUCGACUGGAUCAGCAAGGCCAGCGCGAAGCAGAGGGCUGGACGUGCAGGCCGUACAGGCCCUGGCCACUGCUGGAGGUUAUACUCGUCCGCGGUUUAUGAACGAGACUUCGCCGAGUUCUCCGCGCCCGAGCUUCUCCGGAUGCCCAUUGAAGGCGUGGUGCUGCAACUCAAGUCCAUGAACCUCCAGCACGUUGUUAACUUCCCUUUCCCAACCCCGCCAGACCGCCAGAGCAUUGUCAAGGCUGAGAAGCUUUUGACCUAUCUGUCAGCCAUCUCACCGAGCGGGCAAAUUACGCAGGUUGGGAAAACUAUGUCUGUGUUCCCCCUGGCACCUCGCUUCGCAAGGAUCCUGCUUGUCGGGCAUCUCCACGACUGCCUGCCCUACACCAUUGCAAUGAUCGCCGGGUUGUCAGCCGGCGAGAUCUUUGUGCCGGAGAACCAAGCCAUCCCCGCCGCCGCCGAGCAGACAGAGGAGUUCCGCACGAACGAGGAAGUCAUUGCCGAGGACAAGCGGGCCAGGAUACGGAAAGCAUUCAACGCAGUCCACAAGAAUUUCUGCUCGCUCGACGACAAGUCCGAUGCGAUGAAGAUCCUUCAGGUAGUCGGCGAGUUCGCCCACGAGCCCACCGAGCAGUGGUGCGAAAGCCACUUCGUCCGCUUCAAGGUGCUCAAGGAGAUCCUGCAACUCCAGUCCCAGCUGGCCAACCUCGUGAAGACGAACAUAGCCGGCUUCGCCAACUUCAAGAUGCCCGACAAGCUCCCGCGGCCCUCUGAGAAGCAAGUGCAAGCGCUCAAACAGAUGGUCGCCGCCGGCUUCGUCGACCAGGUCGCCAUCCGCGCCGACAAGGCGCCCAACCCGCCCGAGCUGCACCGCAAGCCGCGCCGCGCCAUCGACGUGCCCUACCUCCCGCUCAUCCCCCUCGACGCCGACCACCCUUCGCCGUCCGCCGACCCGGCCGACAAGCUGGUCUACAUCCACCCGUCGUCGCCGCUCGCCCACCUCAGCGUCGAGGAGUGUCCGGAGUAUGUCGUGUACGCGCACCUCCAGCGCGCGGGGAAUGCCGGCGCCGGCGACGGGGAGGACGGCAAGAGGCCCAAGACGCGCAUGCACGCUCUGACGGACCUGACGGGCGGGCAGCUGGCGAAUAUUGCCAAGGGGACGCCGCUGCUCACGUAUGGCAAGCCGGUCAAAGAGGUGACGGGGUCGGGCGCCGAUGGCGAGGGAGGGCAGACGCGGGAGGUGUGGGUUGUGCCGUACUUGAGGGCGGAGGGCACCGGGGGGAUGGGAUGGCCACUACCUAUGAGAAAAGUCAAGCAGCGGAGGGUGCUGGGCAAGGGGUGGGUGACUGAGUGA